AUGUACCUCCAUCUCCCUCUCAUCCUCUACCUCGUUGCCAGCGCACUGCCCUCCCACGCCAGCCUGUUCUCUCGGGGCUCAGAUCACCUCCUCCAUGGCAUCGGCUCAGCUCACCGUCACGCCGUCAAACGCAGCUCCGGGCUGGCCCACGACCUCCGACGCGCACUCUCCGGCAUCUUGGUCGAGCAAGCGGACAGUGGUACGCAACAUGUCUACUGCGUCAUCGACCCAGAUCAGGCUAUGAACACUAGCUUGACCGGCAAUGGCGGGACCAAGGCAUCCGGGACAACGUCGGCCUCGGCAUCCAGUGCGACUAGCACAGCGGCCUCCUCGCCGUGGAAGCUGAAGCAGGAAUACCAAGGAAAUUCCUUCUUCGAUGGCUGGACAUUUUUCACCGCGUCCGACCCCACCGACGGAACUGUACAAUAUGUCGAUCAGAGCACGGCGACUAGCACGAACCUCACUUCCAUCAACGGCGCGGGGAACGCCAUCAUGCGUGUGGACACCACGCCUAAAGUCUCGGGCAAUCGACCUAGUGUGCGAAUCACGACGAAUUACACAUACACCGAAGCACUUGUCGUGCUCGAUGCGUCGCAUAUGCCUACUGGAUGUGGUACAUGGCCGGCGUUCUGGAGUAAUGGUCCCAAUUGGCCCGCAGGCGGGGAGAUUGACAUUGUUGAGGGCGUGAACACGUAUACGAAUAACCAGGCGACCAUCCAUACCAAUCCCGGCUGCUCGAUCCCUUCUGCCAAUAGCAGCGUGCUCGGCAUUACAGGGACUGUAGUUGGGGGCACUAAUUGUGCUGCCGCGGAAACCGGUAAUCAAGGUUGUGGGGUCCGCUCGACUUCGAAUACUUCGUUCGGUGCAGGUUUCAACGGGAUCGGCGGUGGUGUAUAUGCAAUGCAAUGGGAAGACAGUGGCAUAUCCGUGUAUUUCUUCCCCCGUAGCAGCAUUCCAUCUGAUAUCACCGCCGGCGCACCCCAGCCAUCGGGCUGGGGCGCACCAAUGGCCGACUGGCCUGCGACGGACUGCAGCCCCUCGAAAUUCUUUUAUGAUCACUCUGCAAUUUUUGAUACCACACUGUGCGGCCAAUGGGCAGGGAACGUAUGGAACGACACCGGAGUGCCAGGUCAAUCAGAAAGCUGUGCUCAGAUCACAGGCACUUCGUCAUGUUCGGAAUACGUCCAGAAUAAUGGUGCAGCGUUUGCUGAAGCCUACUGGGAAGUCCUGAGCGUGAAGAUUUACCAGACGAGUUGA